AUGGGAGACAUUCAAUUUCUACUGCGCACGAAAUACAGCGGAAACAAAAUGUUUAGGACGGUUUCUGGGGGUAGACAAGAAAAUCAAUUUCAGGACACUCGCUGCCGCCAACAACAACAACAACAACAACAACAACAGCAACAACAGCAGCAGCAGCAAGAAAAAGAUACGAUUGCAUUAUAUUCUAUCAGCACAACUACAGAAACACCCAAAAAUACUUCUUUUCCUCAAAAGUUUAAUGGUCACAAAAUAAUGGGACAAGGUGACAACAAAACUCCAUUGGUUGGUUCGUCCUUAAAAUCAGUUGAGAAUGACACCGAGCCAUUAUCGUUAUCAAAGACACACAAACCACAAUCAGUUCCCGUGCACCGCGAAUGGAUUAGUGAUUAUCGUGUUCCCCAUAGUGUAUUGAAAUACAAUCUAUCAAGAGAAGGGCCCGGCAAUAGAAUCAUCAAUACCGAUAUAGAUUUCCAGUAUCUGUUCACCCCUGAAAUGGAUUUAAACGCUAUUGAUCAACAAGGUUUGGGCACGGCUGGGUCGCACCCCUCACAAUUUGAUAACACACAAGAAACCACCAAUGAGGAUAAUGAUCACAAGAUUGAUGAACACAUUGGGGCAUUUUCAGGUUACUUUGCUGUACCAACAUUGACUGUUAAUUUGCCCAAUAGAUGCAGAGAUGAUGGUGAAGAACCAGAAUUUAUGAGAGAUGUUCCCAAAAUUUGUUAUCAGAACCACUUUGAACUGGACGAUUCCACAUUUAUGUUUGGAGGUGUUUAUGCUUCAGCAUCCAUGAAUUUUACUCAUUUGGGAAUUCCUGCAGAAGUGGAUGUUAGCAAAAUCAAAGUCUACUUUCCUUAUCAAUUGCCACCAUUUGUGGAUACAAAGAUUCUAACAAAUCCUUAUAUGAUACCUCAUCCCCAUUUCUUGCAGUACAAUGCAACGAGAGGGUCUGUCACAUAUUUAGAUACUUCAGAAAUGGAGGAUUUCCCUGGACGAUUUUCCGGUAUGGCAUCCACAAGAAUCUCGCCACAGCAUUUCUUCUUCUAUGGUGGAUUUGAACUCAAAGACAAGUCAGUUAAACACAUUGAAAAAGAUGAUUUGUGGAUAGUAGAGAAAGAUAUUAUCAUGAAUGAAGAUGGAUUUAUCAUCGAUACUUCUACUUUAAGAUUUAGGAAAAUUGAGUUGAAUACCAAUAACUUGGCAAUAAAAAUUGGUAGAAUUGGGAUGGGAAUUUGUUCGAAUGUGUACGAAUCAAAAGAACCAAAUGAUAAUAGGCCAGAGAUAAUAAAUGAAUAUUCCUUGUCAAAUGUCAUGUUAGAGUCGAAAAAUAAUUCCACUAAACCAAAGUACCCAGUUGAUAUGGCUGAUAGUAUUCGUGUUGACGCAGCUACUCCAAAUGUAUUACCACACUAUCCACAAGGAAGACAUCUACCUGAUUUGGAACCCAGUCCAGAAACAAAGAGACCACUUUUGCAUAAACUUGUAACGACACUGACUUCAGAUUCACGUUAUUCAGAGAAUGCAACCAACACCCCAACAAACAACACAACACCCGUAGCACGAAAAUCACCGAUUAAUAGACUACUUCCAUUGAAUAGCAGUAGUUCACAAUACUCUGCUUCAUCUUCAACUCCUGGAAGAACAGUUACCAAUUCAAGUAACAAUAGUUCAGUUGGGACCACCACCACCACAUCAUCAUCAUCAAAACGGGCUGGAGUAUUGGCCAGAUCCACCAGCAUAUUUCGAAGACAUCGACACGAUAAAAAUAUUAAAACUCCACAUCCGUUGAAAGUAACCUACAACGAAAGUGCAAGAACAAAGUAUUUGAAUCCAGUAUCAACAACAAGUAGCAGGGCUACGUCUCCAGUGAAAAAUUCUGUGGGCAAAAAUUCUAGUCAAUCACCAACCAUGUCUCCAAAAUCCCCGACUCCAUGUUCCUCAGUACGAUCAUUGUCCCCGAUCAGAUUGGAAACUUCUACACCAAUGAAUAGAAUUGAUUCUACAAAAUACAAGAGUUUUGAAAAUUCCACACCAAGGUCUUCGCCUGGAUUGUACAUUAAUACCAGUACUACUACACAACAAACUGCCAACAGUGUUAGAUCAAGUCCUACGAGCGAGAUAAAAUUCGAAGGUUCACAAAGAAGUACAGAAACACCUGACUAUUUUUCUGCAAGCACGACUGCCGGAACCUUGUCAACAAAAACUUCUCUAACUCAACAACCGACGAGUGUUUUGUUUAGAUCACCUGCUAAUGUCUCCAUCUUUGUUUUUGGUGGAUUUAUUUUACCAGAUGAAAGAGUGGCAUAUGAGAAAGACCAUUCAAAUAGGGCAAUAUCACAAUUUAAGGCAACCAAUGAGUUACUUAAAAUAGAUAUGUCUAUAGCUGAAGAACCUCCAUUUGUGAAUAGUGUGAAUUUUGUUAAGGAAGCUUUGGUGUCGCGAGUUGGCGAUGAUAAGUUAUCAAAUAUAUAUGUUGAAGAUAAGAACCAGGAAUGGCCACUGCCACGAGGAUAUUUUGCCUACAGUUUAAUUGAUAAUGAUUCAGCAUUGGAACAAACAUGUGCUGUUGAUGCCAGUAAACGUGGUGAUGAACUUGGGUUAGUAUCAAGUUCCGAUAUUGAUAGGGCUAAUGCGGUAACUGGCAGACUACAUCCUCAUAAUGGGAAUACUUCCAAGUUACAUGAAUGCAAAACUAUGCAAGAUUUUUUUGAUUCCAAGUCGUUGAUUGUACAAGGAGGAUGUGCCGAGAAUAACCAAUUUUUUGGUGAUUUUUAUAAGUUUGUAUUCAAGACUUGUUCAUGGGAGAAGAUCCAAUCGUAUGCUUAUGACUACUAUAAUAUUCCACUUGGUGCAGGUGACGAUGAAAUUUCCGAUAAACUAACUCGUGGUAGUGAAGUAGAACAUGCGGAGUUGAAAGAAGCUGAAUACAGGUGUUGUCAUCACACUGCAUUGUACUACAAAAAUGAAGAACGUGACUAUAUUUUCUUAAUAGGAGGUGUCAAAAACAAUCACUUGAGAUUAUUUGAUAGUGAACCUCACAAAAGUGACAAGUUGGAUGUAUCUAGAUUGUCAACGUUGCAGUUGAACGCUACAAAUAAAAAUUUGCUAAGAAUUGCAGUUUUCAACACCCAGACACAAGUUUGGAGAUUCAUGAGGUACUACUAUGAUGUAACCCAAGCAUUAGAUGACAGAAGUAUUUCUAGAUCGUCAUAUUUCACCAAUGCAAGAAUAUCGCAUGUAGGUGGGACUUCGAGUAUAAAUGGUAAAAUACUUACGUUAUGUCAAGGAUUGGCGUCCAUUGCGCCUGAGAGAAAGAAUGAUAUGGAACAAUUGAAAGAUAUAGUACCCAUUGAAGAACUAUUAUGGGGAGGUUAUAUUCAGUUUACGUUUCCUGGAUUAUAA